GUAAGAACUGAGGCAUAUGUUAUUUAUUGUCUACCCCAAUACUCUUUCUUCAUUUUCUCUCUGGGAAUGUUAAAAACUUCACCUUUCUUGGUUUUGAAACUCACCCACAAAAAGUAAAAGAGCAAACAACAAAAAGAAAAGCUUGGAUCUUUAGUUUAUUCCAAGUCUUCUUGCUCUCUCUUUUGACUAAAGUACCUACUGGGCUGCUGUAUUUUCAAUAAAAAUCUCAACUUUACUUUUUCUAGACAAGUUUCUUGAAAUUUGGCUCCAUUCUCAUUAGCCCUUUUACAUAUACUAUGUGUAGUGUGUAUUUAUAGAAGCUGAGCUACCAUCUUGAAAAAGCAGAGAUCUAUGGGGAUUUGUAGUGUUUAAGUUGAUAACUAAAUCUUGAUUCAAGAUUUUCAAAAGAUGGGAGCUUUUUACAUUUAUGGUUAUAUAUUCUUGGUGGGUUUUUUGAGCUUUCAAGGAAAUGCUGCUAGCUUUCUUGAUGCUGACAAGCUAGCAUUGCUUGAUUUUGUAAGCAAUUUCCCUCAUUCCAGGUCUUUAAACUGGAAUGUAUCCACUCCAGUUUGUAACAACUGGACUGGUGUCACUUGUAGUCAAGAUGGGUCAAGAGUUACAGCAAUAAGAUUGCCUGGAGUUGGAUUUACUGGGCCCAUUCCGGAGAAUACUCUAAGCAGGCUGUCAGCAUUGCAGAUCUUGAGUCUUAGAUCCAAUGGUAUAUCUGGGCCUUUCCCUUAUGAUUUAUUGAAUUUGAAGAAUUUGAGUUAUCUUUAUCUUCAAUUUAAUAGCUUUUCGGGUCCUUUGCCAGUUAAUUUCUCGAAUUGGAAGAAUCUUACUAGUGUUAAUUUGUCAAACAAUGCCUUUAAUGGGAGUAUUCCUGUGUCUAUUUCGAAUUUGACACAUCUUUCUGCUUUGAAUCUUGCCAACAAUUCACUUUCUGGUGAGAUACCUGAGUUAGAGUUGAGUAAUUUGCAAAUUUUGGACUUGUCAAAUAAUAAGCUCACUGGCAAUGUACCUAAAUCACUUCAAAGGUUUCCGAAAUCAAGGUUUGUUGGUAAUGAUCUUUCGUUGUCAUAUACUCAUGUAAGUGGAAUUCCGGAUGUAAAUCCACCUUUGAAACCAGUUCCGAAACCUAAGGGUGACGGGAAACUAAGUGAAAGAGCGUUGCUUGGAAUUAUAAUUGCUGGUAGCCUUCUUGGGGUCAUUGCAUUUGCCUUCCUUUUGAUUGUUUGUUGCUUAAAAAGAAAAAGAAGUACUGAUUUGUCGGGGAAACUGGAGAAAGGGGGACUGUCACCAGAGAAAGCAAUUUCAAGAAGUCAAGAUGCAAACAAUAAGUUGGUUUUCUUUGAAGGGUGUAGCUACAUAUUUGAUUUGGAAGAUUUGUUGAGAGCUUCUGCAGAGGUACUUGGAAAGGGAACAUUUGGUAUGGCUUAUAAGGCGAUAUUAGAGGAUGGAACUUCAGUAGUGGUGAAGAGGUUGAAGGAAGUUGGUGCCGGGAAACGGGAAUUCGAACAGCAAAUGGAAAUGGUAGGGAGUAUCAAACAUGAAAAUGUGAUUGAGCUGAGGGCAUACUACUACUCCAAGGAUGAGAAACUUAUUGUGUGCGAUUACUACAGUCAGGGAAGUGUUGCUGCAAUGUUGCAUGGUAAAAGAGGAGAGGAGAGGACUCCUUUAAGUUGGGAAUCCCGACUAAGGAUAGCCAUAGGGGCAGCACGAGGUAUAGCAAAAGUCCACGAGGAAAACGGGGGAAAGCUUGUCCAUGGAAACAUAAAAUCAUCAAACAUCUUUCUAAAUCCUCAACAAUAUGGUUGUGUAUCAGAUCUUGGUUUGUCAACAAUCAUGAGUCAAUUACCUCCACUCAUCGCUCGUGCUGCUGGCUACCGGGCCCCUGAGGUCUCAGAUACACGCAAAGCCACGCAACCAUCAGAUGUCUAUAGCUUUGGUGUUGUAUUACUGGAGCUCCUCACUGCUAAAUCCCCUGUCCAUACUACGGGAGGGGAUGAGCUUGUACAUCUGGUCCGAUGGGUGCAUUCGGUGGUAAGAGAAGAGUGGACUGCUGAAGUGUUUGAUCUAGAGCUAAUGAAGUACCCAGGUAUAGAAGAAGAGAUGGUGGAGCUUUUACAAAUAGCGAUGGCAUGUGUGGUUAGAAUGCCAGACCAGCGCCCAAAAAUGGCGGAUGUAGUAAAAAUGAUUGAAAAUGUAAGGCGGCCGAUUGAUUUUGACAACCGCCCAUCUUCCGAAGCUAAAUCAGAAACUUCAACUCCCCUACCGCCAUCACUUCCACAGUCCGAACUGCAAGUCCCAGAAUGAUCAACUGUUCUAUCACUUUUCUUUUUGUCUAGCAUGUUUGUGUUGCCUUAACAUUAAAAUACACCUCUAAAUUGUAACUGCCUCUAUUCACAAACUUUGUGAACUCAAAACUUCUUGCAUGUAUUCUGCAACCUGAGCCACAUCAAGGCCGAGUCAGGUUAUGUUAUUUUCAGUAUUUGUGUAAGUUAUCAUUUAUUAAUGAUUAAUUUGUAGUCAAAUGUACUCUGUAGUUUCUGGUCAUCAAAGUUCAAUUUAUUCUAUUGAAUUUCUUCAAGGCUUCAAUAA